CAGAAUUAAUUUUGUGUGAUUUUGUGAGCAUUUAUGAGAAAAUGAACGCACAAGGAUCACCGGCUAAAAUGAAAGAAUUACGUCUACCUAUGUCAAGGGUGAAAACAAUUAUGAAGAGUUCACCCUACGUUGAUACUAUCGGACAGGAUGGAUUGUAUUUGGUCACAAAAGCUACGGAACUAUUUAUACAUUAUCUAACAGAAGAAGCACAUCUACAAAAUAAUAAAGGCAAUUCCCUGGAUUACAAACAUUUAGCAGAGGUGGUGCAAACCAAUGAUAUAUUGGAAUUUCUCAGAGAAAUAAUGCCCAGAAAAAUAACAGUGAGACAAUUUAAAGAAAUGAUGGCUGCCAAGAACUCACAUAGCAGUUCAGAAAGCAGCUCAGAUUCAGAUAGUGACAGUGAGUCAGACACAGAUUCUUGUACUGAUAGCGACGACAAAAAAGCAGGUGACAACCUAUCAAACAGUGAUCAAAGUGAAACAAAAGAGAAUGGUAAAUGUGACUCAAUCAGUGACAAAAGUGAAGCCAGUGGAAAAAGUGACAGUGAAGAUGAAACUAAGAGAUAGGGAAACAUUUGUUUUUACCGAUAUUCUCAUAAGACAGGCUCUCUGAUCACUUAGAGAAUAACUUGAAGUUCAUACAAAAUAUUAUAACAUGCGAUAAUGUAAACAUUUGGUCAUAGAUAAAUAUCCAAAGUCUUAACAUUUGAUAUUUUAGGACAAUAAUGUUAG